AAAGCUUUUUCGCCCAUCAUUCCGAACGCAGACGAAAUUCAAUCCUGAUUUCUCUCUGCGUGCGCACACCUCCCACUCAAUUCCGCCGACGACGACCGGCGAUCUCCUCUCUCUCUGACAUGCCGCACCUCGUCCGGGAGAAUCUGUUCAUCGGCAACAUCACCGAUGCGGCGGAGGUCCUCCAGAGCGGGACCUCCGACAUCACGCACGUGCUCUCCGUCCUGAGCUCCGCCUCCAUCUCUUUCUUCACCGAGUGGCGCUCCGGCGUCUCGAUCCCGGCCAAGGAGAUCAAGAAGGUCUACUUCAAUCGCCAGCGCGACGGCCCGGCUGCGGCUGAGGAGGAGGAGGAUGGUUCCAGGAGCAGCAAGCUCAUGUACUCGCUGGAGUACGCCGGGAAGGACUUGAAGCUGGUGAGGAUGGCGGUGCCGAUUAGGGAUACGGAGAGUGCGGAUUUGUUGGAUUAUUUGGAGCCGUGCUUGGAUUUCAUUGAUCGGAGUAGGAAAGAAGGCUCCGUUCUUGUUCACUGCUUUGCUGGUGUGUCCAGGAGUGCAGCUAUCAUUACAGCAUACUUGAUGAGACUUGAACAGCUCACUCUGGAAGAUGCCCUUGAAUCACUAAGGCAAAGCUGUGAGUCUGUUUGCCCCAAUGAUGGCUUUCUAGAUCAGGUGAUGCAGGACACUGUGCAUCAGACUUAUAAACGACUGUAUAGCUUGCUUGUUCGUUUUUCUUCAUUGCAGUUGAAAAUGUUUGAGGACAUGGGCUUCAAGGUUGAUCAUGGGAGUUCUAUAUACAAGCGCUUCCAUGUGAAAGUAUUAGGUGACUGCUAUAACCGGGGAGAGAAGAUAGAAAGCGAUCAGUUUGCUGCGGAUCCCAGUAUAGCUGUAGAAGUUCAGGCACAGACAGCAGCACCACUAAAUGGAGAAAAAAAGCGUGUAAAAGCAUAUCGUUGCAAGAAGUGCAGAAGGCUAAUUGCAUUAGAGGGUAAUGUUGUUGGUCAUAUUCCGGGAGAGGGCGAGUCAUCCUUCUCAUGGAACAAGCGAAGAAGUGGCAAUCCAUUUAGCAAGUCUGAUGAAACUGACUGUUCAUCUAUCUUUAUUGAGCCUCUACGGUGGAUGAAAGCAGUUGAGGAUGGCGGAUUAGAGGGGAAGUUGUCAUGUGCGCACUGUGACGCUCGACUGGGCUACUUCAAUUGGUCGGGCAUACAGUGCAGUUGCGGGAGCUGGAUCACCCCUGCUUUUCAGCUCCAGAAAGGCCGCGUCGACAUCAGUAGUGUGUAAUGCUGCAAAUGAUAUUCUGUAUGCCUCUAUAUAUGAGAACAAAAAAUGUUUUGACAGUGGACAAAGAUCAGAAUUCCCCUCGCUGGCGCAGAGACCCUGGAACUUCUGAAGCCUGGUUCUUUUUCAAGUUUGCAGCUUUCUUCCAAGCUGGUUGACGUCGCGAAUGCUCUGGAGCUGGAGAUAACAUACGUACGUGUAUGUACAUAUACGUCAAGUUUUAAAACCAUGUUCAUCAUUUGGGCUGUAGACUAAUUAGCUGCAUAUAAAAGCUUCAAAGUGUUCAUGCCUGUUUUUCAUGUAAUGGGCAGAGGCCACAACUACGGAGGCCUGUGUAAUAAUUUGUUUGACAGCAGAAGAAAGUUCGUUUUUUUUUUACAGUUGCCUUGGGUUUUUCUACUCGUCUUCCUCCAUCUCUGUUGCUACUUCUUGGUUUCACACAUUCGAGAUAUUGAAGUGCCAAGGUUUAAGGGGUUAGUUGGUUGGGCAAUCGACCACGUGUUGAGGCUGUCGGAUUGUUCUCAUACGCGAUUGAAAUGAGACUGUUGGAUUGUUCUCGUAUGUGCGCUCUUUCAAUCGUUUGAUUGAAUGUGAU